AUGGGCUGCUGUCAAUCCAACGAGGUUCACGAUGGCAAGGCACGUAACGAAGAGAUCGAAAAUCAACUCAAACGCGAUAAACUUAACAUGCGAAACGAAGUCAAAAUGCUGUUGCUCGGUGCUGGUGAAUCAGGCAAAUCCACCAUUCUCAAGCAGAUGAAAUUGAUUCAUGAUGGAGGAUAUUCACACGACGAACGAGAGGCGUUCAAGGAGAUCAUCUUUUCAAAUACGGUUCAAUCAAUGCGUGUGAUUUUAGAAGCCAUGGAUAAUAUGGGUGUGGCACUGUCACACUCGUCCAACCGUCACCAUGCCACCAUCAUUAUGGACUUGCCAUCCCAAAUUGAGCGUGAUUCGCUUCCGCAAGAGGUGACACAAGCCGUCAAGACACUUUGGAAAGAUCCCAAUUUGCAAGGCGUUUUUGAACGAAGCCGUGAAUAUCAGCUUAAUGAUUCAGCCAAAUACUAUUUCGAUUCCAUUGAUCGUAUCGGUGAUAUGAAUUACGUACCCACGGAUCAAGAUGUGCUUCGGUCGCGUGUCAAGACAACGGGUAUCACUGAGACAACAUUUGUCAUUGGCGAUUUGACUUAUCGCAUGUUUGACGUGGGCGGACAACGAUCCGAACGUAAAAAGUGGAUCCAUUGCUUUGAAAACGUCACUGCCAUCAUCUUUUUGGUGGCAAUCUCAGAGUAUGAUCAAGUGCUUAUAGAGGAUGAGACGGUGAAUCGUAUGCAAGAAGCUUUGACGCUAUUUGAUUCCAUUUGCAAUUCACGAUGGUUCGUAAAGACAUCCAUCAUUCUUUUCCUCAACAAGAUCGAUAUCUUCAAGGAGAAGCUGCCAAAACAUCCACUUACUGAAAACUUCCCUGAUUUUACGGGCCCAGAAACAUACGAAGCAACGAGCGAUUAUAUCUUGAAUCGAUUUGUUUCCCUCAACCAAUCCGACUCUAAACAAAUCUAUACUCAUUUCACCUGUGCCACCGAUACACAACAAAUCCGGUUUGUCAUGGCAGCAGUGAAUGAUAUCAUUAUUCAAAACAAUCUUCGUGAAGGUGGCCUGCUGUAG